AAUUCUCCUACACAGUAUCUUACCGUUAACAGACAUUAGUUAACGAAAUGAGUAGAAUGAUUUACGGAAUAUACUCUUUCAAGGUCCGUGGGUUUAAACUUUAAAUGAUAUAUCAGUGAGGGAACAAUUUGACAAACAGUAGCAGCCGCAGGGGCUAAUUUGGUAAUUACAAUAAAAACAUGAUGUUGUUAGUAUAAGUACUGGUUGUAUAUUUUGUGUAUAAUUAUUCCUUUGUUGGUUGAAUCCACUUCUGAAUCUCAAAUUUGUCUGGCAAGAUGAGUUCCUAUCAGUUAGUCAACGAGUCUGCUUCCCUUUCCUUAUCUCCUAAAUUUAUCCUCCCAGAGAACCAAAGACCAAAACUUUCAGAGGUUACAUCUCUAGCCUCAAUUCCCAUAAUUGAUUUGAGUGAUCAUAGUUGUUAUGAUGACAGCCCUUCAUCCUCCUUGUUGGUUCAGAAGAUAUCACAAGCUUGUGAGGAAUAUGGGUUCUUUCAGAUUGUGAAUCAUGGAGUUCCUGAGCAAGUUUGCAAUAAAAUGAUGACUGCAAUGACUGACUUUUUUAAUUUGCCUACAGAGCAAAAAGAACACCUCUCCACAACAGAUCUUACCAAGAAUAUAAGACUCACCAAUUACUUCCUUCAGGUGGAGGGUGGAGGAAAGGUGAAGAUGUGGAGUGAAAGUUUCUGUCAUCCCUGGGAUCCUAUUGAUGAUGUCAUUCAUCUUUUGCCACAAAAAAUUGCAACCCAAUAUAGAGAGGCUUUCACCGAUUAUGCAAGGGAGAUUGGUUCAUUGAUUAGAAGGCUUCUGAGUUUGAUAUCAAUGGGACUUGGUAUAGAGGAGGAUUACUUGCUGAAGAUACUGGGUGACCAACCAAGAGUAAGAGCACAUGGAAAUUUCUAUCCACCAUGUCCAGACCCAGAGCUGACCUUGGGUCUCCAUGAACAUACUGAUAUUAAUGCUCUCACAGUCCUUUUGCAAUCACAAGUUUCUGGUCUCCAAGUUAUCAAAGAUGGGAAAUGGGUUGCUGUACCAGCUAUUCCCAAUUCAUUUGUGAUCAAUUUAGGAGAUCAAAUUGAGGUUCUCAGCAAUGGAAGAUUCAAAAGUGUGCAUCACAGGGCCGUUACUAACAAAGUGCUUCCACGUGUGUCGAUGGCAAUGUUUUAUGGACCUAACAUGGACACCGUAAUUGGCCCCAUUGAUGACUUAAUAGAUGAGGAACACCCUCCCAGGUACAGAAAGUAUCGCUUCUCUGAGUUUCUUGAAAAAGUCUUUAGUCAAGAAGGGACAAAGGUGGGGAAGGAAGUCUUUGAGUUGCCAUAUUAGAAAAUAAAGAAUGUUGUGCUUUCAAAUGUCGCUACUUUCUUUUUCUGUUCCCACUGCCGAGGCAACGAAAGGCAAUUUCUAUAAACUGGGAUCGAUGAAAUAAUGGAAACAAUUAAAUAAAAGUUAUUCUUAUUGUAU